AAAAGUAAACAUAUAAAAAUAUUCUUUCACUAAUAUUGAAGUAUGCAGGAAGAAUAUUUUAUUACAUAAUGCAUACAAUUUGUGUCAAGACAAGCUGGAUGAUGAACACACAACAAAACAAAAGUUACACCUAUCAAAUUCAAAUAUUUGUGAUUAUUCAAUCAGAGUAGAAUCAAAAGAUCCGAGAAAAAUGGGAGAAAGUGAAAAUCAGAGAAACCCUAAUCAUCAUCAUGUAAUAAUAAUACCGCCUCCCUUCCAAGGUCACAUAAACCCUUCAAUCCAACUAGCGUUGAAGCUCGCGUCGAAGGGCUUCACCAUCACCUUCGUCAACACCCACUCCACACACGACCAAAUCACUAAAUCCCGACCAAAAAUUAGCGACGAUAUAUUUGGCCCGGCCCGUGAUUCGGGCCGGGAUAUACGUUACAUAACAAUCAGCGACGGGUUCCCGUUGUCGUUCGACCGGUCUCUGAACCGGGAACAGUUCAUGGAGGGGAGGAUGCAUGUUUACCCUGCCCACGUGGAUGAACUCGUGGGUCAGCUCGCGGGUUCGGACCCCCGACCCGACUGCUUGGUUUCGGAUACCAUUUCGACUUGGGGUUACGGAAUUGCCGCCAAAUAUGGGCUUGUUUAUGUUUCUUUCUGGACUCAACCUGCUCUGGUUUUCUCCAUGUACUCCCACACUCACUUGUUGAAGAUUAAUGGCCACUAUGGCUCAAUUGAUAACCGCAAGGACACCAUAGAUUACAUACCGGGUGUUGAGGCAAUCGAACCGAAAGACCUGUCGUCGUUUCUCCACGAGACGGACACGUCGAAAGCUAUACACCGAGUGAUCCCGAAAGCCUUCGCGGAGGCAAAGAAGGCCGAUUUCAUUAUCUUCAACGCUAUGGAAGAACUUGAGCCCGAACCGAUUUCUACCUUGAAAAAGACCCUGCCGGUUUACCCGGUCGGGCCCUUGUUUCCGCAUCACUUCGCCAACCCAUCGAUACAAAUGAACUUAUGGUCCGAAUCAGAUUGCAGCAAAUGGCUCGAAACGAAGCCGAGUGGCUCGGUUUUGUACGCCUCGUUCGGAAGCUACGCCCACAGUAGUAAACGAGAUAUCGAAACAAUUGCGAAGGGACUUAUGCUUAGUGGGGUUUAUUUCAUAUGGGUUUUGAGGCCCGAUGUGGUGAGUUCCGAGGUGAAAGACGUUUUGCCGGACGGGUUUCAAGAAAAUGUGGGAGACAGGGGAAUUGUGGUGAAUUGGUGCAAGCAGAACUCCGUUUUGUCGAACUGUGGUGUCGGCGGAUUUCUGACGCACUGCGGGUGGAAUUCGAUAUUGGAGAGUUUGUGGGCGGGAAAACCGAUGGUGUGCUUCCCUUUGUUGGGGGAUCAAACGAGUAAUCGGAAAUUAGUUGUGGAUGAUUGGAGGGUUGGGAUUAAUCUCUGCGAAGAAGGGAGACUCGUCUCGUGUGAUGACGUGGCGGAGAGGGUUAAGUUCUUGAUGAGUGGAGAGAGUUCUUUCGAACUGAGGAAGAAUGUCGAAUUGAUUAGGAAGAAGAUGGAGAACGCGUUGUCGGAGAAUGGAUCGUCCGAGGUGAAUUUCGAUAAAUUUGUCGAGGAUAUGAAAGUUAGAAUUGAGGAUACUAAAGUGAGAAGAAACUAUGAUAGGCAGCUUAUUUGAUGAAGCAUGCUUAUUUUGUUUUCCUUUUCUUUUUCGAUUUUUUCGAAUUUAUUUGUAUUAUUUGUAGUUGAGUAUUUGGAAAAUUGAAGUUUUAUUAUUUGAAUAUAAUUAUAAAAAGUUAUUAUAA